GCAGGCGCGGGGCCUCGCCCUUGCCGACGUCGUAGACUGAAGCUCACCUGGGAGACUCUAAGAGGAAGCGGAGCCUCGGUUCGGCCUCUCCUGGCAACGCGGGAGGCCCAGCGGGAAGGCAGGAGGCAACAGAGGAGGAGCUCGACUGAAAGCAACUGUAGCGACAGCAACUGGAGCCGCUGCCGCCGCCACCUGCACCUGGCGCCCGGCCCACGUCCAGCGCCUGCUCGGCCGCCGCUUCCUGCCUUCCUGCCCUGCCCACCUGCCAGGUGUUACCAUUUAAAGAAACCUUUCCAGCAAAUCUAUGAUAAAAAAUAUAAGUAACAGAGGAAACGAUAACUGUUAUUUCUCAAGUGACAAACUUUUAAUGCCAGAAUGACUCACUUCAGGCGGCUAGUAAAAUCACAUCUUAAAAGACAUUACCAUAAGAAGUUCUGGAAGCUUGGUGCAGUAAUUUUUUUCUUUAUUGUAUUUUUGAUUUUAAUGCAAAGAGAAGUAAGUGUUCAGUAUUCCCAAGAGGAAUCAAAGAUGGAAAGAAGUAUGCAAAGCAAAAACAAGAUGUUUGACUUAGUGCUAGAAGCUGUGAACAAUAUUAAAGAUGCAAUGCCAAAAAUGCAGAUAGGAGCACCUGUCAGGCAAAGCGUUGAUGCUGGUGAGAGACCCUGUUUGCAAGGAUAUUAUACAGUAGCAGAACUCAAACCUGUUCUGGACCGCCCACCUCAGGAUUCUAAUGCACCUGGUGCUUCUGGUAAAGCAUUCAAGACAACCAAUUUAAGUGCUGAAGAGCAAAAGGAGAAACAACAGGGAGAAGCAAAGCACUGUUUUAAUGCCUUUGCAAGUGACAGGAUUUCUUUACACCGAGAUCUUGGACCAGACACUCGACCUCCUGAAUGUAUUGAACAAAAAUUUAAGCGCUGCCCUCCCCUGCCUACCACCAGUGUCAUAAUAGUUUUUCAUAAUGAAGCCUGGUCUACGCUGCUUAGAACUGUCCACAGUGUGCUCUAUUCUUCUCCUGCCAUACUGCUGAAGGAGAUCAUUUUGGUGGAUGAUGCUAGUGUAGAUGAAUACUUACAUGGUAAACUAGAAGAAUAUAUAAAACAAUUUUCUAUAGUAAAAAUAGUGAGGCAAAAAGAAAGAAAAGGUUUGAUCACAGCACGGUUGCUAGGAGCAACAGUAGCAACAGCUGAAACGCUCACAUUUUUAGAUGCUCAUUGUGAGUGUUUCUAUGGUUGGUUAGAACCUUUGCUGGCUAGAAUAGCGGAGAACUACACGGCUGUUGUGAGUCCGGAUAUUGCAUCAAUAGAUCUUAAUACUUUUGAAUUCAACAAACCUUCUCCUUAUGGCAGUAACCAUAACCGUGGAAACUUUGACUGGAGCCUUUCCUUUGGCUGGGAAUUACUUCCUGAUCAUGAGAAGCAAAGAAGGAAAGAUGAAACCUACCCAAUUAAAACACCCACUUUUGCAGGAGGCCUUUUUUCCAUAUCAAAAGAAUAUUUUGAAUAUAUUGGAACAUAUGACGAAGAAAUGGAAAUCUGGGGAGGUGAAAAUAUAGAAAUGUCUUUCAGAGUAUGGCAAUGUGGUGGGCAGUUGGAGAUUAUGCCUUGCUCUGUUGUUGGACAUGUUUUUCGCAGCAAAAGUCCUCAUACCUUUCCAAAAGGUACUCAGGUGAUUGCCCGCAACCAAGUUCGCCUUGCAGAAGUCUGGAUGGAUGAAUACAAGGAAAUAUUUUAUAGGAGAAACACAGAUGCAGCAAAGAUUGUUAAACAAAAAUCAUUUGGUGAUCUUUCAAAAAGGUUAGAAAUAAAGCACCGCCUGCAAUGUAAAAAUUUCACAUGGUAUCUGAACACUGUUUAUCCUGAAGUAUAUGUGCCAGACCUUAAUCCUGUUAUAUCUGGAUAUAUUAAAAGCUUUGGUCAGCACCUGUGUCUGGAUGUUGGCGAAAACAAUCAAGGAGGCAAACCAUUAAUUAUGUACACGUGUCAUGGACUUGGGGGAAACCAGUACUUUGAAUAUUCAGCUCAACAUGAAAUUCGGCAUAACAUCCAGAAGGAAUUAUGUCUUCAUGCUGCUCAAGGUCCCGCUCAGCUGAGGACAUGUGCCUAUAAAGGUCACAAUACAGUCACUGCUGGAGAACAGAUAUGGGAGAUCCAGAAGGAUCAACUUCUGUAUAAUUCGUUCUUAAAAAUGUGCCUUUCAGCAAAUGGAGAGCAUCCAAGUUUAGUGUCAUGCAAUCCAUCAGAUCCACUCCAAAAAUGGAUUUUUAGCCAAAAUGAUUAAGUGUUCCUUAAAAUUAAGGAGUUGAAAAAGAAGGUAUUCUUUCUCAUAAAACUGUGACUAGGCAUACACUGUAGUUUUUUUUUUUUUGAAAAUUAUGCAAAAGCAGCUAAUUAUAACUUAUUCCAAGUGCAUUUUUUCCUAUUUAUAUCUUAAAAUGUCUACAUAGCACUGCUACAGAAAUCCUUUAAAUUUCUGUUUCAAAGCACAAUAAUUAAUAAUACCAAAGACUAUUUUCAUAUGUGUAGGUGUAGGGGAAGAGAUGUUUACAGUAUGGAGAAAAUAAUUUUCCUAGUAAAGUGAUGUUUAUGUAUUUUGUAUAUUUAAUAAUAUGCAAGUGCUAUAUCCACACACUUACAAUGAAAAAUAUUCCCUCUAGUUUUUUUGGGGAGGGAGAAAAUUUUGAUACUGUAUUUUUUUAAUUCCAUAGAAAUAGACCAACGAAGGUCAAACAUUGACCUUUGUGCACAAUCCAGAAAAUUUUUAUAGAUCUAGAAUUUAUUAUUUAAAAAUAUAGGUUAACUAUUUUGCCUUUUGUGUAACUUGUCUGUCAAAUGUCUCCUAAACAUGAAACUAAAUGGUCAGGAAGAGGAGUAUUUCUAACUCUUCAGUUUCUUGUAAAUUUAAAAAAAAUAUUUCUUAGUCAAAGCCCACUCCACCUGAAGCACUUAAGUCUUCCUUAAAUAACUAUACUGUAUUUUCCAAACACAGUGAUAAAAAAAAGCGUUAUAAUUUGCUAUGUGUUGAAAAAGGUAUUUUUUCCUUUCCUUAUGCUAGUCUUUGUAUUUUCUUACCAUAAUUCACUAAUCUUGCAUAGUUAUAAAAUUAAAUUUCAAAUACAGAAUACUUGACAUAUUUAAAGCUAAAAUUAUAUGUUAGUGAUGCAGUUAUAGUGGUCUGUAAUUUCUUUUCUUAUCAAAAAAGCCUUAUUUUUAUCAACAUGGAAACACAAUUUAAAAAAAUCCUAAAUGGUAUU